AUGAUACCUUCGAUCUUUAUAGCACCAAGAAGCAUUAGUGCCACUUCUCGACUGUGCUAUGGACUGAGGGCGUAUUCAACAAAACUUGAAAAGGCUUCACUCCAAAAAUAUCUGCGUGAUCCUGUUAAAGUGACUGUGAUACCAAUAACGGACAAAGAAUCAUUCGUUUACUAUAAACAUUCCGAUAACCUUUUUAAUAGCCAGUCUAGAAUACUAAAAACAGAAAAGUGGAUUGUUGAGAAAUCAGUGAAGCUUUGGAGAAAACUGAAAAAGUCUCCUAAAUCGUAUAAUAAAAAAAUAGUGUCCAUGGUCCAAUCUUUGCUAAAUAGUACGCCGUGGUCAGAAAAUAGUUUGUUAACCAUACCAAGUGAAAGCUAUAUUUUGAAGAGAAUUAAGGGCGAGACGGAUAAGGCGCAAGAGAUUCGACUUACCUUGAAAGAUUAUACAGUAAAAGCAGAAAAAGUUGAUACUCAACCCUUACAUGUUUAUUAUCCCUCUGGAAUCUCUAAUCCGGAAGACUGUUUGAAGCAAAUGAAAAAGCUCUACCAAGAAGGCUUAGCUUAUCACAAAAAAUGGACUUUAUAUUGCCUUUUAGGUCUCCCGCUAACCAUUCCUUUAAUUUUAAUACCCCUUAUACCAAACGUUCCUGGGUUUUACCUAUCUUACAGAGCUUAUGUUAAUAUCAAGGCUUAUCUUGGUGCCAAGCAUUUGAAAAGCCUAUUGGAAAGUUCAAAACAAACCUUAGAAUUCAGAGAAUUGUUGGGAUAUGCAGAAGUAUAUAAACGUGGGAACAGCAGCUGUACGCGGGGCAUACAAGAAGGGUCAAAUGGUGCACCAGAAUUACUACUUAACAAGAAAACUCUUCCUUUGAUUUUAGAUUUCUUAAAGGUUCACGAACUGGAAGGCGACUUGAACAAGGUCAUUCUUCAAAAAUCGAAAUCUCAUGGGGAAAACAAUAGUUAA